CACACACACACACACACUCUCUCUCUCUCUCUCUCUCUCUCUGUCCCACACACACACACACUCUCGCUCUCUCUCUCUCACACACACACACACACACACUCUCUCUCUCUCUCUCUCUCUCUCUCUCUGUCCCACACACACACACACACUCUCGCUCUCUCACUCUCAGUUUCUCUCUCUCUUUCUCUGUCUCACACACACACACACACACACACACACACUAUCCCUCUCUCUCUCUCACACACACACGCACCUCAUCACCUCUGCUUCAUCACUGUAAUCUUUUCCUCUUUGACUCCAGCAGUAAUGCAGAUCUGACCAUCAGACUCUGAUUAAAUCAUUAAAUCCUGAGCUGAGACACUCACAGGGAAACAGAAUGCAUGAGAGUGAUAUGGAUCCGGGAUCUACCACACCUGUGCAGAAGCUAAAUACCUCUGUGGCUCUCACACCUACUGAAGCUCCGCCCACUCAGGCUCCACCCCAAAACUCACCUGGAGAACUAAUGAUCUCCACCAGAAACAAACUUCUGAAUGAACUUCACAAAGUUCACUUUCCCUCCUGGGCUUUAGUGGCGCUGGGCUUCAUCCUGCUCCUCCUCGCUCUCAGCUGCUGCUUCUGCAUCUGCAGGAAGUUUGUGUUUAAGAAGAAAAAGGAGAAACCAGGGAAAGAGAAGAGCAGAAAGGACAGCAUCGGCAUGUCCACUGUGAGAGAUGAAGGCAUCACGCAGGUUCCGCAUCAUGAUCCCAAACCUCAGGAGAAACAGACGGAGAGUAAAGAGGACGUGAAUCUGGGAAAACUUCACUUCAGUCUCGACUACAACUUCACUGACAGCACGCUCAUUGUAGGAGUGAUUCAGGCAGAAGAUCUGGCUGCCAUGGACAUGAGCGGGACUUCAGACCCAUACGUGAAGCUCUGUCUCCUCCCAGACAAGAAGAAAAAAUUUGAGACCAAAAUCCACAGAAAGACUCUGAACCCCACCUUCAAUGAGCGCUUCACUUUUAAGGUUCCGUACGCAGAGCUGGGAGGAAAGACUCUGCUCAUGACCGUGUAUGACUUUGAUCGUUUCUCCAAACACGACGCCAUUGGAGCUGUAAGGGUGCCGAUGAACCGCGUCGAUUUCAGUCAUGUGACCGAGGAAUGGCGAGAACUGCAGAAGGCGGAACACGAAGAGCAGGAGAAGUUAGGUGACGUCUGUCUGUCCCUGCGCUACGUCCCCACUGCCGGGAAACUCACCAUCGUCAUCCUGGAGGCCAAAAACCUCAAGAAAAUGGAUGUAGGCGGUCUCUCAGAUCCUUAUGUGAAGAUCCAUCUGAUGCAGAACGGCAAAAGACUGAAGAAGAAGAAGACGACGAUAAAGAAAAAAACCCUGAAUCCAUAUUACAACGAAUCGUUCAGCUUUGAGGUUUCAUCCGAACAAAUUCAGAACGUUCAGAUCAUAGUGACCGUCCUGGACUAUGAUAAGAUCGGUAAGAACGACACCAUCGGGAAGAUCCUGGUGGGAAUGAAGAGCUCGGGGACGGAGCAGCGGCACUGGGAGGACAUGCUGGCCAGUCCGAGGAGACCCAUCGCUCAGUGGCACGCUCUCAGACCUGACGAAGAAGUGGACGCCGAGCUCAAAACGAAAUGACGCUUCAUAUUCCAGUGAGAAUCAGCAGGAGCGUGAUCAUUUAUCUGUAACGCAAAGCUCAGCUCUGAAUUUUAUCCAAGUUUAUUGCGUAGAUUUAAUGAUUAAUGAAAUGUGACGAAGUCAGUGAUGGAAUUCUGUCGUUUCAGUCAGUCAGAGAAAUAAGAGUCGACUCCUAAACGACUCCCUGCUGUUCUGUUUUUCCCCAAAACUUGUUCAUCUGUUGCUUAAAUUGUUCAAUAAAAUCUUCCUCUACACUCUGAUUAACAACAUAACAUGACAUUUGCAUUGUCUUUGCGUUAUAUAGUUUAUUUAAAUAAAUGUAAAACAAUCAUUUUCAGUUUUUGGGAAAAAAUAGCACUCUAAAUGCACU